CAUUUUAUUGGGGUUAUAUAGAGAAAAUCUUUUUAUUUUUUUGUGUUUAAAAAUUAAAGUUUUCAACAAUCAUGGGCUGAUGGAAUUCAUAAAGAAUAUUCUAGAGGAUUUUGGUUGCAAUUUUUUUAGAAGAAAUAGUCAUCAAUAAGUUAACUAUUUCUCAUUGAUCGUUUACUUUAUGGGACUCAUUAAUGGGAGGAUCAAAGGUUUUCAUUUGAAUUUAUAAAACUCAAAUGGGAGAGCGAAAGCAAGAUUUAUCUUCACGUGAAAAAAACGAAGUAGGAAAUGUUUGGUUGUACGAAGAAAACAAUAAAAAACUUUACGCACUCGACAGUCAUCCGAAUCGAAGACCUUUUUUAGAUGAAUUUUUUGAUUACCGAAGAAAAAGAGAAAAAAGUUUGGUAAUUGAAAGCAAUAGCCUCUAUUGUAAGAUUCCUGUGAUUGCUAGGAAACCAUUAGAUAUAUUUAUUCUUUACAAUACUGUUCAAAAGUACGGCGGUUUUGAACAAACUUUGAAAAACCGCAUGUGGAGUCAAAUUGCUCGAGAACUCGAUCUCCCUCGCACGAUGACAAGCGGAGCAUUCACGUUAAAACUUAAGUAUGUUCGAUUAUUAUACCAGUUUGAAUGUUACAGAUGUAAAAAACCAAUGAACCAGUCUUUAUUAUUUAACGACUCUCUUCUUCUCGAUAGUAACGAUAAUAACGAUUCAGAUUAUCGAGAAAGUAGUUUAGAAAAUUCUCCUGUAUCAUCAAGUAAGCAACCCUCGCCAAACAUGAUAUAUCAACAAUGUGAUUCAAACAGUUUUAUUCAUAAAAAUUUCGAAGAAACUUCAAAUAUUUUUCGUGUUUCUAAAACAAAAGAUUUUCACGAAUCUCUAAUCAACUUUAACGGAAACUUAAAAAGGGAGUUUCCUGAAAGACAUAACAAUGACAAGCAAUUCAAUGGAACGUGUUUCGACAGCCGCCAGAUAAUAGAAGAGGAGGGUUUUCAAUAUCCUUAUUAUCUACAAAGUGAAGUUUAUAGAAAACGUAAUCUUUCGCCGAAGACCGAAAAUAAAAGUAACGAACGUAAACGUAAAAAUCUUAACACUGAAAUACCGUUGCGGCGCUUUUCUUUCGACGUUUUACAGGUUUCAGAAGAUAAGAUUUCGCUGAAAGUUCUUUUGGACAACAAAAUUUAUAAAGGAGAGCUAUUAUUCUCUUCAGAUUAUACAAGUGAUUGAAAUUAGUACAAAAAAUUAUUGUAAAUUAGUAUAUAUAUGUAAUUUAAAAAUAAAAAAAUCUGAAAAA